AUGUCCUGGUGCAGUGUCGACGACUCCACCAGCUCGCUAUCUUCCCUGGGGAACUACCAGUGCGACGCGCAUUCCGCUUGGCGCAGUGACUUUAUCAGGAUCGUGAAGGGAUUCCCGCCGGUGUCGCCGUUUAUUGGAGUCAGUCCUACGCUGUGUUACUUGCUAAAGGAGAAGAAGCCUUUAUGCUGUCUUCAGCUUGCCCAAGUAUGUGAACACUGCGCGUACCGGAACGCCAAAGAAUAUCAAUGGCAGAACAAAACAAUAAUCCUAGCAGCCGACUACGCAUCAAACGGAAUAUAUAACUUUAUUAUUCCCCUUCGGGCUCACUUCAGGACUAAAACGUCCCUCAAUCCAAUAAUACUAUUGUUGGAGCGAAGACCAGAUAUAGCGUUUCUGGAUGCUAUUUCCUAUUUCCCCCUGGUCUACUGGAUGAUGGGAUCUAUUGAUUCAUUAGACGACCUUUUGCGAGCUGGUAUCACACUUGCUGAAAACGUAGUGGUGGUUAAUAAGGAACUGUCGAAUUCCGCUGAAGAGGACAGUCUAUCUGAUUGCAAUACUAUUGUUGCUGUGCAGACUAUGUUCAAAUUCUUUCCAUCAAUAAGAUCCAUCACGGAACUAUCGCAGUCGUCUAAUAUGCGUUUCAUGCAAUUCCGGGCUCACGAUAAAUAUGCUCUGCAUCUUUCCAAGAUGGAGAAGAGGGAGAAAGAACGAGGCUCACAUAUUUCUUAUAUGUUCCGUCUGCCUUUUGCUGCCGGCUCUGUUUUCUCCGCGUCUAUGCUGGACACCCUGCUCUACCAAGCCUUCGUAAAGGACUACGUUAUCACGUUUGUGCGUCUCCUCCUUGGGGUCGACCAGGCGCCAGGAUCCGGAUUCCUUACCUCUAUGAAAAUAACGAAGGAGGACAUGUGGAUCCGUACAUAUGGUCGGCUUUACCAAAAAUUGUGUUCGACCUCGUGCGAAAUCCCGAUCGGGAUUUAUCGUACCCAGGACACUAGCCUGGCCGACCCUUCGCACCACGUGAGUAUGUCACCACGGGGCUCGCCAAGUUGGUUAUGGUCACGGCUCACGGGAAUGCGACCAUCGCGAGCAUCGAAGUGUGAACAGCUAGUUGCAGCAGGGCGAGAGCGGGGCGAGUUCGGAGAGGCGGGGGGCGCGUUCGGCCAGCUGUCGCUCCCCCCCUGGGUGCCUCUCGGGCUGCUAUGGCGAUCGCACGCCGGCGGUAAGCGCUCUCCAUUACACAGCCAGGUCGAAGAAGACCGUUGA